AUUACUUCGACGCUUUACGGCCUGCUGAGCCGCGACCGAGCUGUAGGACAACGGUGACUUGUGGUUACGGAGAAGGACGCGGCUGCGUUUGGACUAGGCCGCAGCCAUGCCAUUCUUUGAUAUUCAAGGCCGGUUGGGCCUCAAUAUUGACAGUUGGUUGACAAUUUUGAGUGCUGAACAACCUUACAAGAUACCAGCCCGAUGCCAUGCUUUUGAGAAAGAAUUCAUUGAGUGUGCCCAUGGAAUUGGUAUGACCCGAGCCAAGAAAGAAUGCAAACUGGAAUUUGAUGAUUUCAUUGAAUGUUUGCAUAGGCGGAAAACGAUAGAACGCUGGGGCCAGGUCAUGAAGCAGAAGGAGAAGCUAAUGAAGGAAGGGAAGUACACCCCCCCAAAUUGCCACUCAGGCAAGGACGAGCCAAGGCCUUGACCAGCCAGUGGCGACAUUGGGCAGCUUCACUCCUGUUACGGAAUUAAAGUGUACCCUGUUGUUCACCAGAAAUGUCUUUUUCUUAAAACAGGCACCUUCUUUGGAAGAUUAAAAAUUAGAGUGAUGAAGCCAUCUUGCUUUUCUCCCUAUCCAGUACUCUCUGUACUUUACCAUUAAGACAGCCAAACCAGACAAGUUGGUGUCAGUGAUUCUUCCUCUAAGAUGUGAUCUGUGAUUCUUGCCUGUAUUGGAAAAUAAGCAUUUCAGAAAGUAAACAUUUACCACUAUA